GCGGGGCUUCCCGGCCUCCCUUGGGGCAAGGGAGAGACCCGGGGGGGAGGGACCCACGGAGGAUGCGAGGGGGGCAGGAACCAGCGCAUUGGAGACCUGGGCGAGGGAGACGCCGAGAGCGAGGCGCAGUGGGAGGGGGCGGGUGUGGAGGCCGAGGCACCGCCCAGAGCUCGCAGAGACAGAAAUUGAGAACGCCCCCGGCCAGAUCCCCCCGCAGAGACCCGGGUAGGGACAGGGGCAGAGAGACACCUCCAGGGGCACAGGCCCUGGGAGGCAAAGACCUCCCUGAACCCACCCCAGACGGAGAGCGUGGCUCAGAGUCGGACGAGGGCAGAGGGUCAGAGGACAACGCCCCCCAAGUCGCCUGGGACACCCCGGAGCGACCCCGGGGGCAGCCCGGGCCGUGUCCGGGCCAGGGUGACCUAUCUUGGUUGGGUGCGAUGGGGACACAGGCCGCAAAGGGCUUCCUCCUUCUACUCUUCCUCCCACUGCUACAGCCGCGUGGGGCCUCGGCUGGGAGCCUGCACAGUCCAGGCCUGUCGGAGUGCUUCCAGGUGAAUGGGGCUGACUACCGCGGCCACCAGAACCGCACUGGCCCGCGUGGGGCGGGCCGCCCGUGCCUCUUCUGGGAUCAGACGCAGCAGCACAGCUACAGCAGCGCCAGCGACCCCCAGGGCCGCUGGGGGCUGGGCGCACACAACUUCUGCCGUAACCCAGACGGCGAUGUGCAGCCGUGGUGCUACGUUGCCGAGACAGAGGAGGGAAUCUACUGGCGCUACUGCGACAUCCCCACAUGUCACAUGCCUGGCUACCUGGGCUGCUUCAUGGACUCCGGGGCGCCCCCAGCCCUCAGCGGCCCCAGCGGCACCUCCACGAAGCUCACGGUCCAGGUGUGCCUUCGCUUCUGCCGCAUGAAGGGCUACCAGCUGGCGGGCGUGGAGGCUGGUUACGCCUGCUUCUGUGGCUCUGAAAGCGACCUGGCCCGGGGACGCCUGGCCCCCGCCACCGACUGUGACCAGAUCUGCUUCGGCCACCCCGGACAGCUGUGCGGCGGUGAUGGGCGGCUGGGCGUCUAUGAAGUGUCUGUGGGCUCCUGCCAGGGGAACUGGACGGCGCCUCAGGGCGUCAUCUACUCCCCGGACUUCCCGGACGAGUACGGGCCGGACCGGAACUGCAGCUGGGCCCUGGGCCCGCCAGGCGCCGCGGUGGAACUCACCUUCCGUCUCUUCGAGCUGGCGGACUCGCGCGACCGGCUAGAGCUGCGCGACGCGGCUUCGGGCAGCCUGCUCCGCGCCUUCGACGGCGCCCGCCCGCCGCCGCCUGGACCACUUCGCCUGGGCCCCGCCGCCCUUCUGCUCACCUUCCGCAGCGAUGCGCGCGGCCACGCGCAGGGCUUCGCCCUCACCUACCGCGGGCUGCUGGACGCCGCCGAGGGCCCCGGGCCCCCCGAGGGCUCGGCCCAGACCCCCGCAGCGCCCCUCAACGGGGCCAACGUGAGCUGCAGCCCCAGGCCUGGGGCUUCGCAGGCCGCGAUGGGGGCCCGGGUCUUCUCGACGGUGACGGCUGUCUCGGUGUUGCUGCUGCUGCUCCUAGGGCUGCUGCGUCCGCUGCGCCGACGGAGCUGUCUGCCGGCUCCAGGAAAAGGGCCCCCGGCGCUGGGGCCUUCCCGGGGCCCCAGAAGAAGCUGGGCCGUGUGGUACCGACGGCCCCGAGGGGUGGCCCUGCCCUGCCCCCCGGGGGACCCCCAGGCUGAGGGUCCUGCCGCAGGCUACCGGCCUCUGAGUGCCUCCAGCCAGAGCUCCCUGCGUUCCCUCAUCUCUGCUCUCUGACUCCAGGCCCCCAGGGUCCGCUGGACCCGCCAUCAGCGAGACAGACAACUGAGAUGCUGUGCACGCCCUACCUCGGCCUUGUGACUGUUUAGGGGCAGUUCGACCUCUGGUCGCCUUGGGGAGACCAGAAUUCGGACAGGAAACAUCCUGCUAUUAUCCGGGACUUGGCCUGACCUUCCUCUUGCUCCAGGCCAAAGGGCAAGAGGAAUCCAGCCCUUCUCCAUGGACCUUUAUGUGCGGGUGGUCUCUGGUUUUAGAGAUAUUUGAACCCCUCUUGGGGUGGUCCUGGACUGCCGUCCUUAGUGAGAGGUCACAGGUCAACAAAACGGUCAAAAAGACCCCCACAAACUUUGAAUAAAGGGUCUAUUUUGGUA